AUGAAUACGUCACGUCGUAAUGAUCUAACUCUUGAACAGAAGGUUGAUCUUAGAAAAGCUAAAGAUCGUGGCUUAUCACAUCGAGAACUUAGUAAUAAGUUCAGUUUAUCUCUCGGUGGUGUAUCCAAUAUUCUCAAACGAAAGUACGAAUAUAUGAAUGAUUAUGAAGCUAAUCAAAGUAGAAACGUGAAGAGAAAAAUUAAAGGUGAAUUUAGUCAAGAAUUAAAUGAUCAAGUCUUCGAUUGGUUUGUUAUUCAACGGUCAAAGAAUAUUCCUAUAUCUGGACCAAUAAUUCAGGAAUAUGCUCGAAACAUAGCCGAACAACUUGGUGAUACAACAGGUACAUUUAAAGCUACUAAUGGCUGGCUGGACAGAUUUCGAACGAGAUACAAUAUUCAGUUUCGUCUUAUUUGCGGUGAAAGUCGAUCAGUCGAUGUAAACGUGGUAGAAGAUUGGAAAAUUCGGUUACCAAAUAUUAUUGAACAUUAUAAUCCCAGUUAUGUUUUCAACUUUGAUGAAACUGGUUUGUUUUACAAGCUCAUGCCUGAUCGAUCAUUGACUUUAGACAAAAACGAUUGCAAAGGUGGAAAGAAAUCGAAAGAUCGAUACACAGUGAUGUUGUGUGCGAACUGGUUAGGUAAUGAAAAGUUAAAACCAAUUGUUAUAGGCAAAUCUGCAAGACUCCGAUGUUUCAAAAACAUCGAUAUGACAAAACUACCUGUCUCAUGGUACAGUAAUCGAGCGGCUUGGAUGAAUACUAAUACAACAGCGAAAAUUCAACUCAUGGACCAAGGUGUAAUUCGUGCAUUCAAAGCCCACUACAAACGUAAUUUAGUUAAACAUAUCAUUGCAAGUGCAAGUGCUGCAAAAGCUAUUGAUGACAUUCAAAUCAAUGCAUUAGAUGCUGUGUAUUGA